AACAAUUUAUUAACCAUGGAAAAUACAAAUAAUAAUUCCAGCCAAGUGCAGACACACGAUGUGCGCUUAAAUUAUUUGUCCAGCAAUACCCAGACGCCCUUCGUCCAGCUCUAUGUCACAUCAGUGCUGUCCGCCUGGGCCGCCGAGACCGUUUGCUAUCCCUUGGAUGUCUGCAAGACGCGCAUGCAGAUCCAGGGCGAGAUAGCCAGCAGGCUGGGCCAGUCCGUCAAGUAUCGCGGCAUGUUUGCCACCGCGCUGGGCAUUGUCAAGGAGGAAGGUCCGCACAAGCUCUACGGCGGCAUCUCUGCCAUGAUGUUGCGCCACUUUAUCUUCAGCGGAUUGAAGAUGUACAUGUAUGAUGCGCUGCGCGAGAAGCUCAUCAUCACUGACAAGGACGGCAAUCCCAAGUUGACCUUUCCUCGUGGCGCCUUCUGUGGCGUAGCUGCAGGCGCGGCCGCCAAUAUUAUUGCCUCGCCCACGGAUCUGAUCAAGAUUCAGAUGCAAAUGGAGGGCAAGCGGCGUCUCCUAGGCGAAGCGCCGCGCAUCCACAAUGUCUUCCAGGCACUCACCUCCAUUUAUGCAGCGGGCGGAGUGCGGGGACUCUGGAAGGGCACCGUGCCAAACGCCUGGCGUGGCGGGCUCGUUACUUUGGGUGACGUGGCCUGCUAUGAUCUGAGCAAGCGCUAUUUGAUGGAAUGGCUGGACAUGCCGGACGAUCGGCUGAUACAGUUCAUGGGCGCAAUGGUAGCGGGCUUUGCCGGAGCGGCAAUCAGCACGCCGGCGGAUGUGGUCAAGUCGCGUAUAAUGAACCAGCCGAUAGACGAGAAGGGGCGUGGCCUGCACUAUAAGGGCACAAUGGACUGUUUCACCCAACUGGUGCAGGGCGAGGGCUUCUUUGCCAUGUACAAGGGAUUCAUACCCUAUUGGCUGCGUGUGGGUCCCUGGGCCAUGGUGUUCUGGACAGCAUUCGAGCAGAUACGUCGCCUACAGUCGGAUGAGGGUUACUAAACUGUUUUUUUCCGAGCUGAUUGCUUUGCUGAAACUGAUGAUCGAAAUUAUUGGCACAUGAGACCGUACAUGGGCCCAUUGGGCAAACCCUACACUAUAGCCGGUGAGCUGGAGAAGAUUACGCCACG